GAGGAGGAGAAAUAUGAUCAUGUGACACGACUGACAGAAGUCACACUGGCAUGUAAAGCUGAACUAGUGUGUCAUUCUCUCGUCUCUCUCUCCCAGGAGCAGCGUUCAUUCAAACAAAUAAGAGCAGAAAGAAUCAAGAAGUGAACAUGAGGGUUUUCUUCAGGAGUCUAGCGCUUUUACUGGGGUUUUUCUCAGUUCAAAUGAAGGCAGAUGAAAAAGAAGUGAACGCAGCAGGAUGGGGCUCAGCCAUCCAGUCGACGACUCACAGUGACCCGUGGUCAGCCCCAUACGCUCUGGAUCAGAGACCCUCCACCUGCACACAUACAUUGGUACAAAGCAACCCGAUCUGGAAGCUGGAUCUGCUGAAGGUGUACAGUGUGACCAGAGUGGCCAUCACUAACAGACCAGACUGCUGCGGCGAGAGGAUAAACGGGGCAGAGAUUCGGAUCGGAAACGUCUCUUCAGAUGUUUUCAGCAACCCCAUAUGUGCUGUAAUUUCUAGUAUUCCAGCUGGAGCUUCCGACAGCUACUUGUGUAAUAGGAUGGUGGGACGAUAUGUAAUUGUGGUUAUUCCUGGAAAUGAUAAGGUUCUUACACUCUGUGAGGUGGAGGUCUAUGUGGUUUAUCCAGGUAAUUUGGCAGCAGGAAGAAGCGUCACACAGUCAUCAACCCUUAACAGCUGGAUUGCUGAACAGGCCAUUGAUUUCAAUCCAGGUUUCAAAAAAACAGAGUCUGCGUGCUCGUCAACCAUUAGUCAGACUAACCCGUGGUGGAGACUGGAUCUUCGUCACAUUUACAGCAUUAGUAAAGUGGUCGUCACCAACAGACUAGACUGCUGUCCGGAACGAAUAGAUGGAGCGGAGAUUCGCAUCGGAAACUCUUUGGAGAACAACGGCAACAACAAUCCCAUAUGUGAUGUGAUUUCUAGUAUGCCAGCUGGUGCUUCGUCCACCUACGCUUGUAACAAUAUGGAGGGUCGAUAUGUGAAUCUGAUCAUUCCUGGAGAUUCAAGGAUUCUCACUCUCUGUGAGGUGGAGGUCUAUGGAGAAGGUCCUUGUUUGAAGCAAACGUUUGUGAAGAUGAAACUGAAGUCCAGUUUGAGUCUGUCUGAAGCUGAAGCGAGUGUCCGGCUCCUGACGCAGCUGGAAUCUGCUCUGGCGGGAAGAGGGAUUUCUAACGUGACGCUGCGCUGGUCUCAACUGCCCAAACAGGAAGUGAUGCGGAAGCAAGCUGCACCUGGGUUUUUAUCAAUUCAAGAAAUGGCAAAUGGAGCAGAGAACGCAGCGCUGUGGCGAACCGCGAGCCUGUCAUCACAGUUUGAUAGCUGGAUUCCUAGAUAUGCUGUCGAUGGUCUAAGCGAUAGCUGUGCCAGCGCCAACAUACAAAAAGACCCGUGGUGGUGGGUGGAUCUGCUGAACGAAUACCAAGUGAACAAAGUAGCCAUCACUAACAGAGUUGGUGACACCUAUUAUGAAAGGAUAAACGGAGCAGUGAUUCGUGUCGGAAACUUCCCUGCUGACGUUUACAGCAACCCCAUAUGUGCUGUAAUUUCUACUAUUCCAUCUGGAGCCACGGCCUACUACUCAUGUGGUCGGAUGGAGGGACGUUACGUGAUUGUCCAUCUUCCUGGAAAUGAGAAGGUUCUCACUCUUUGUGAGGUUGAAGUCUACGGGUAUUUGUUAGGAAAUCGGGCAGUUGGAGGAGCCGUUAUACAGUCGUCAACAUCUGGGGACUGGUUUGCUGAAAAGGCCAUUGAUGGUAAUCGAGGUCUUCAGCAAUCGAACGCAUUUUGCUCGUCAACUCUUGAUGAGACUAACCCGUGGUCGAGGCUGGAUAUGCGUAAUGUGUACCAAGUUAGUAGAGUGGUCAUCACUAACAGAAACGACUGCUGCGCAGAACAAUUAGAUGGAUUGGAGAUUCGCAUCGGAAACUCUUUGGAGAACAACGGCAACAACAAUCCCAUAUGUGCUGUUAUUCCUGCUAUUCCAGCAGGAGAGUCCUACAGCUACUCAUGUAAUGGGAUGGAGGGACGUUAUGUGAAUCUGAUCAUUCCUGGAGACAAGAAGAUACUCACUUUAUGUGAGGUGGAGGUUUUUGGAAAAGGUCCUGUUUUAAAACAAUCAUUUGUAAAGAUGCAGUUUAACUCCAGACUUGACCUGACCAGCCUGACAAUGAGAGAGAAAGUUCUUAUACAGUUGGGAUCUGCUCUGGCUGACAGAGGACUGACAAAUGUGACACUGCGAUGGUCUCAUACUCCUAAACAGGUGAUCCAGAAGGCGAACGCAGACAAACGUUGCGAUAAACAACCUUGACACCCUGGAAGAGUGACACCCAAGAUUUCUUGAUGUAUUUACAAUGUUAUACCUCUUAAAGCACUUCGGCUGCCCUGUUUAAGCUAGUAAAACAAAACUAACUGAAAAGCAUACUGAAGCAUAUCCUCCUAAUUAAUAAUUGUA